AUGAGCGACUUCAAACUGAAACGAUCCGAAUUUGUUAUUUCUUGGGAAGGGUAUCCACGUAUUUAUUACUUUAGUAGACGAUUGGUAGACCUAAAAGCAAGAUUUAAAAGAAUAACUGAGGCACUGCCACGUUCUUUACAAGAUGUCGAGCUUAUAAAUUCUACCCAAGAGUUGUGCAAAAUACUUGACUACAAACACAUCCACAUUGUCACUAAUGGUACAGAGGAAAUUGCCACUGAUGAAUUAUACUAUGGAAGUUCGUCAAGUAUAGAAACAGUAUGUACAGGGAACAAUGAAUGUCCAACACUUAUGAUAUUCAACGCCAUGCUGGACGAUCUAGGCGAAACCGGACUUCGUCAAAGCAUAGGUCUCAUACACAAUGCAUCAGUAUCGCAGUGCCUUCAAAAUCCAGAACAUGUGGAACCUCUCAUCACACUUUGCAAACCAGGAGACAAUUACUCAAAGGAAGAAUGCACAGAAUUCAGAGAGAAACUUCUGAAUCAAAUACGAAAUGACAUCCCAAAUAUUAUCCCUAAUACUGAAAUCAUUCUAGUAUCUGCAUAUACUGACUUAAAGCAUCAUAUAUCAUCUCUUUAUGAGGCCUGUAUAGCUCGUGUAUUCUUGCGCAUUCACGCAUUCCUUGGUGGAUUUAUAAAAGCUAGAACUAUUUUUUCUCAAAACAAAAUGCAUACCAUGCCAGAUUGUUUCAUAGAGCAAACCUUUAAAAUGUAUUUAAGUAACAGAUGUACAAUGUAUGAAGUCUGCAAAGACUCAUUUAAUACAACAAUCUUUUCCCGACUCGCGCAUAUUUCCAAAUGCGUGAUUGUUUCGCCACUGUCAUUCAAAUAUGCUUUGCCACAAUGGUUAUGCAACCGUCUUCUUCAUGAAAUUCAGUUGGAAGAAGCCCUGGUGAAAUCUGUUUCUCCUGAUACAAAAUAUUAUCUUAGAAAAUUUAAGCAGAUAAGUUCUUCAUUCAAAACUUCUACAAAAGUUGCAAAACAUAAAUGUGCUUCCAAAAACUCUUCAACCAAUCUUUCUCUUGAACUUGUUGUUAAAUCAUUGUUAAAAGAUUUUAACAGCACGAAUAUUAGAGCAGAGAAAACCUUGUCAUCAAUGAAGUCCUUAGCAACUGUUAUGGGUAAGAUGAUGUUUGAAAUAGAGGGAUAUCUAAAGCAGACGAACGUGCUUGAUGUUUCAACUUUGCAAACGUUUUUCGACUUGGAUAUCCCGAGGACAUUACGAAAGGAAAUCAUGGCAAUAAAGGGAGUUUAUGGAACGGGAACAAUCUAUGGACAAUAUGAAGUCCACGUAGACGUGCAAAAUGAGGCCAGAGUUAAAGAAAUAACUAACAUGGUGAGAACCCUGACCAACAGACAUCGCUUCCCUUACUCGUUUACAAUCAGGUGCAUCGAGAAAUGAAAUAAUGUUUUUAUAAAUUAUGUUGUAGACUGUGAAACA